AUGGAUACCUUAUCUUGUGACAAGUGCCGGGUGGUCGUGAAUGAGUGCCUGAGUUUUUGUGUUAACACCCUAGAUUCAAUUGAUAAUGUCAGUUUAGCACUUCUUUGUAGGCAAUCCUUCGACGAAGAGGAAAUUUUCAAGGCGAAACGCUUGCUGUUUGAGGCGAUUCCACAGAGACUCGUCAAAAGAAAGGGUGAGGAUCGAAAACAGAAAAAUAUAGAGGAUAUCAUUAGUGUUUUACGAAGUACAGAGCCCGAUGAUAUUCCAACUUUUGUGGCUAAAGACCUACACAAGCUGCCGCCCGUUACUUUCGAUCAUAUCGAUGUGACACGCCUUUUGAAGGAUAUUGUUACCUUGCAGAGUCAGGUGCGGGCUCUUCAAGAGAAGCAGGAGGAGUAUAUGACAAAAAAAGAUUUUGAAAUUUCCGUUAGAGACUACGAAAAGAAGAAAAUUGUGUCUGAGGCUGAAGCAGGAGAGACUGAACCUUAUGUCAAUACCAAGAGAGGCGGUUUUUGCUUGCAAGAUAGCUACGACUCAUCAAGUGGCCCGAUGGGGUUAAUGACUGGCCUUUCAAAUGGCACACCGCCGAACGUGACAAUGCAAAAACGAGUUCCCGCGCACCCGUCACCGUCUUACGCGUGUGUGGCAGCGGUGCCGACCAGUAAACCUAUCUCUGUCACGCCCGUUCAACGAGUGCAACAAGUAGAAGCGCACGCGUCACCGCCAGCUGAUGCGAUGAUGUCAUGUAAUGCAAUGAAUUGCGAACCGAGUGGCGCGGAAACGCAAAAUAACAACGAAGGAGAGUGGGUUCGUGUCGUAAGGCGUAAGUCAUCGCGAUUUAAAGGAACGAGAGGUACAGCGACGGUAGACUCCUCAACAAAACUAAAAGCAGCGGACUUACAAAUCCCGUUAUAUAUUUAUAAUGUUUCGAAGGAAAACACGGAGCGUGAUGUCGCGGAAUAUGUAUAUGAAAAGACGCAGAUAAAUAUUGUGCCUGAAAAGAAGGUAUAUAUUUUAGAAGAUAUAUAUUAUUUAGACAUGGAAAAGAGGCCAUAG